UCCUACAGUGCGCUGGGACUUCUCUGGAUGGGCAGAGCAAGGAGAGCAGUGCACACACACUGGGACAUGUGGUUGAGAAGAGGGGCAAAUGGCAGCUGUGUGGACAGCAGUGAAUGUUGUAAGUAGGUAACUUGUGAGUGUCCCAGGCCAGUUACACAGCAGGCAUGUACCUGCAUUGCAGCCAACAACCAUCUGCUCCAAUGGCUUUUGGACUGAUGUAGCAGCUCCAGCUCUAUGGACUUCCCAUUUUAGGUUUAAUUUUAUUAUAUCUUUGCUGCUUGUUCUUAAUAGUUACUGAUAACUCCCUUUCACCUCCCUAAAAGCGACUUGCUGAAGUUUGCCUUGAUCCUAUUCUCACUUUUUUUCUUUCAUGAUAGAAGAGGACUUUGGAACCUUGCACCAUUUCCCUUCCCCUCCAGCCUUUGUUUCCUCAUGUCUGUGCUGAGAGAUGUUUGUACAGUGGUGGGUACUUUUUCUUGCAGUUUUAUCUGUGGUCUUUGUGUGCUGUGUUCCAGCCCUGACCAGUGGCUGAGCCUGCCCGGAGGGAAUCCAGCCUAGGGCAUAUUAUGGGCCUAUUUGUGCCAUUUUCUUCUUGUACUAAUAAUCCACACAUUCAUUCAUCAAAAUUCAGCUAAAAGCAAACCUUGAUCCGCUGUUCUCCAGAGAAAUGUGUCCAUGGGAUCACAUCACUGUCAUUGCAGCCAGCUCCUGUUUUUCUGGUGCUUUGCCUCUUAGGUGUCUUCCCUUCCUGAUCUACACCCCAGCAGCCUAUUCUUCUGGGCAGGAUUCAUAUAUUUUGUUUUCUAUAAUACAGAUUCUGUUUAUUCUCUGCCUUUGCCCUUCCUGGGGGAGAAUGUCUGCCUUGAUUCCUACCCCUGUAGGUGACGGGACUGUAGGGUGAGCUGGUCCUGUGCUGUGUCACGAGGCCCUGUCACUGGUUGUAAUGGGAUGUGUCUGUGCCCCUGCAGCCCAGGAAGCCGUGUCCCCUGCUAUGAUGCCAGGGCAGAUCCCUGACCCGUCGCUGACGGCCGGAGCGCUGCCUGGGCUGGGCCCGCUGACGGGGCUGCCGGGCGCGGCCCUGACCGCUGAGGAGCUCAAGUGCGCCGACAUCCGCAACAUCGGCGCCAUGAUCUCGCCGCUCCAGUUCCUGGAGGUGAAGCUUGGCAAGAGACCCCAGCCUGUCAAAAGUGAGCUGGAUGAGGAAGAAGAGAGGAGGAAAAGGCGCCGGGAGAAAAACAAAGUAGCGGCAGCGCGAUGUCGUAACAAGAAGAAGGAGAGGACGGAGUUCCUGCAGCGGGAGUCUGAGCGUCUAGAGCUCAUGAAUGCUGAGCUGAAGGCCCAGAUAGAAGAGCUGAAACAGGAGAGGCAGCAGCUCAUCCUGAUGCUGAACCGGCACCGUCCCACCUGCAUUGUGCGGACAGACAGCAUCAAGACGCCCGAGAGCGAAGCCAACCCACUGCUGGAGCAGCUAGAGAAGAAGUGAAGGUGGCACAGGGCCACGAGGAGGAGACAGUGGCACAGGGUCUUCCAGGGUCUCUAAUGUAUGUACUGUAUGAAGAACUGUGCACCCAGGCCUGGUGCAGCCAGGACCCAGUGGGCUUCCUUGGGAACUAUGGACCAAACAUGGGAACAGAGAAGAUCAGGAACCUGCCAACCAUGUACUCUGAGGCUGAACCUGGGAGCAGGGCUGGUGAUGCCAGUGAGGGCAGCCUCCCUGUGAUACAUCAUCACAGCCCUUCGCCCUGCUCUCAGCCCUGGGACCCACAAAGCCACAGCGUGUCCUGCAAGGAGCAGGCAGCCCGUGGGUAGCAGGGGCUGCGGGCUGAGGAGUGGCAGCUGGGCAGUGCCCACCAGCGCCCUGCCCAGAGGCUGCUGCUGCUCCUGGCAUGCUCCAGAGGGAAACCCAAACCCAAGAACCACAAACACUUGAUGCAGCCCCAUCUGGUGGGCAGGCCUGUCGGGGCUCGGUGGCGCAGGCGCCCCCCACAAGCACACUCAGUAUAAUGUUUACAGCCCAGCUGUCCGUGUCGGCCGUGCUUUUGAAUGCACAUUUUUACACUUUUUUAAAGUAUUUUUUACAAAGUUUUUAUACAGUGAUCUCUAUAUGGAUUUAUAUAAUCACUAGAUGUGAUCCCAUAGAAAUGUAUGUUACAAUGGUCUGUUUGUUACAAACACAUAUGCCACAGUUAUCUCCAUUGUGUUACUUGUCUGGUAGCAUCCAGCUCCUUUCCUGGCAUGCUGGGAAGGGGGUGCAAGCUGCCCUCUGCAGUGGUGUUGCUGCCCUCUCCAUCCAUGUAUGUCCUUCAUAAUACUCAGUUCUGUAUCUCUCAGUAAAUGUUACCUUUGCGUA